AUGGCCCAAAACGAACAUACUUUGAUAGUCCAAUGCUUUCGUGGAGUUAGUACGCGGGAAACGGGCGGCAAAGUCCUUUUACGUCUGUUGGCCGCCAUCUCGCGCGUGUCUUCGUCGCCUCUGCACGACGCCCCAGCCCUUGAAGCCCGGCGCGACGACCUGAAAAUCUCCUUCUUCUUCUCCAACAACUGCAGCCAGGAGGUAGGGCUGGACAACCAAGGCCACGCCGUCGCCGAAAUCACGUACUACGGCAACCAGGACAACUACAUGAAGUGCCACGUUCUGCCGUCGGGCUUGGGCUCGUUUCAAGUUACGGGCACUGCGACGACGGGGUGCGGCCUCAAUCCGCCCAACGGCAAAGGCGCGUACGAUUACUGGCUCAUCACGGACCGAGAUAAUUGUGGGACCGAGUACGGAGUCGGGAACUUUUGUUCGCCUACUGACUGUGCGGAAUGUAAGGGGGAAUGCGGCGCGGUCGAAUACACGCUGAUGACCACGGGAGCGACCUAGUGAGACGGGGGCAAAGAGGAGAAACGAUCUGGUGAGACUCCAGACGCGCUUGAGGGGGUUAUCGUGGUGU